AUGGCUGAAAGUGUCAAGUGCAUGGCUGAAGGUGUUAAAGUUGUGAAAGACUUUUAUAAUGAUUCAAGGGGAAUUGCUGAUGAGUUGAUGAAAUUUGAAGAUCUCACACCUAAGGAGCGCAACAAGGCUGGUCGAGUGUCUUGUGAUGCCAGUGCCACAUUCUUUCUUGAAAACAAGUGCUCACACACUAUAUGGCCUGCCUUGAGCCUAAACAUUUCGGACGCAGAAGAAUGUAACAUACCACUAGAACCAGGCUUCGUUUCAUUACUCAAGAUCGAUGCUCCAUGGUUUGGAUCCAUUUGGGCUCGAACUCUAUGCUCAACCCCCGCACCAGGCUACUUCUCAUGUGAAACUGGUGAUUGCGGCGGCACAGGAACCAUAGCCUGUUCAAGACCGGAACCCAUAUAUCCUGUAACCGAGCUCAUCUUCGAAAUCAACAACGAUUCCGCGGUUAGCUAUGAUCUGAGCUUGGUUCAUGGGCAUAAUGCUAUGGUCAGCAUCAAACCCAAUGGGGGAACAUUGGUGGGUCAUGAAUCAGGUCCUUGCCCUAUGGUGCAAUGUAACAACGAUCUUUCAAGUGUGUGUCCCUCACAUUUGAAAGCAUAUCACAAAUAUUUUGAAUAUGUUGGUUGUAUGAAUAGUUGUGAUGUGAUAGAUCAUGAUCUCAAAUAUUGUUAUGCUCGCGGCAUUGCUUCCAGUCCCGAUGAGUACAUGAAAAUGAAUAAGCAGCUUUGUCCUGAUGCCGCAACCUACCUGGGUGACAAAUCGCGGCUUGUGUAUCAGUGCAAAGGGGCUCAGAGUUAUCUUAUCACUUUUUGUCCCGGAUCAUGA